AGGCGUGCUUCAUCUUGGACUAACGCAGUAGUUACUCUUUGACUGACCGAGUAUGCUAGCAGUCAAAAGAGGUUCUGCGGCUGGAGGCGGCGGGUCCUGUGGCUGUUAUUCGUCGCUGUUAACAGAGGGCUGUUAUCAUUCUGAGGAACCAUGACAGGGGAAACCUCAAGAGUGUUUAGAUUAUGCAAUCGUCAUCUGGCUGUGCUCCAAAGACAUCCACACCAUGUUCUCCCGGCCCGGACCACCAGAUCCCUCGGCUCAGUCAGGCCGGGGGAGCACAGGGGGCUGUUUUGGAAGAGUCUUCUCGGCCUUUCUGUGAGCUUUCCUCUGGCAGCUGGUGUAAUGUAUGCUGUUUCAGACCCAAAGCAGAGGAGGAGGAUGAGGAUUGUGAUUGAGGGAUUUGGUCGUUUCUGCAGGUCUCUCUCUGUGGGGAUCUUCAUCUCUGUGGAUUACUGGUGGACCACCAAUGUGGCUCUGCGUGGGACGGACGAGAGCAGCCCAUCCUACUUGUCAGAGAUUUCAGCCUGCCACCAGAGGGCAGCACACUCCAUGGUGGAAGGAGCCGUACGGAAUGGAGGACUGUACGUCAAACUGGGUCAGGGGCUUUGUGCCUUCAACCACCUGCUGCCCCCCGAGUACAUCCGCACCCUGCAGGUCCUGGAGGACAAAGCCUUGAACAGGAGGUACAAGGAGGUGGACGCUCUCUUCCUGGAGGACUUCAACAAAACCCCCAAGCAGCUUUUUAAAACCUUCGACUACGAGCCUAUUGCAGCGGCCAGCUUGGCUCAGGUUCACAAGGCGGAGCUCUGCGAUGGGACUCCUGUCGCUGUAAAGGUGCAGUACAUUGACCUGAGGGAUAGGUUUGAUGGGGAUAUCCGAACUUUGGAGAUCCUGCUGGAUAUAAUCAAAUUCAUGCACCCUAGCUUUGGAUUUCGAUGGGUCCUUAAGGACUUAAAGGGAACUCUGGCUCAGGAGCUGGACUUUGAGAACGAAGCUAGAAACUCUGAGAGGUGCGCCGAGGAGCUGAAGCAUUUUCACUUUGUAGUUGUGCCCAAAGUCUUCUGGGAGCAAACCAGUAAAAGGGUGUUGACAGCUGAGUUUUGCAGCGGCUGCAAAAUCAACAAUGUGGAAGAAAUUAAGCAGCAAGGAAUCAGUCUGAAAGAUACUGCAGGUAAACUGAUCCAAAUAUUUGCAGAGCAGAUAUUCUACACUGGUUUUAUCCACGCUGACCCUCACCCUGGAAAUGUUCUGGUGAGACAAGGUCCAGAUAAAAAGGCCGAGCUGGUGCUGUUGGACCACGGCUUGUACGAGUUUCUCAGUCAACAUGACAGAGAGGCUCUGUGUAAACUGUGGCGAGCCAUCAUCCUGAGAGACGAGGCAGCAAUGAAGACAUACUCUGACGCUCUAGGGGUCAAAGAGUACUUCCUGUUCUGCGAGAUGCUGCUGCAGCGCCCCAUCAACAUGCGGACUCUGGCCCUGUCCAACAUCCUGAGCCGGGAGGAGACGGCCUACAUGCGAGAAAUGGCAAUUAACCGCUUCGAGAGCAUCAUGCGGGUGCUGAAGUCCAUGCCCCGACCCAUGCUGCUGGUCUUCCGGAACAUCAACACGGUCCGGAGCAUCAACAUCACUCUGGGCGCGCCAGUGGACCGCUACUUUCUCAUGGCCAAAAGUGCGGUGCGAGGGUGGGGGAAGAUUCAGGCAGAGAAGCUGGGAAUACUGCCCAGGAUCCGGAUCAUCAGCUGGUAUAGGACAACCUGGGAGAGUCUCAAGUUUCAAGUGGCUUUAAGGUCUGAGAUGGCCAUCAUGAGCCUGACCCGGACCUUCCUGAGGCUGCUGGAGAUGCUGGGUCUCGCGACUCUGAACGCCGAUGUGUACAAUUACAUGUUGUAGUACUGCAAUGAAACAGUAGGAGGAGCCAUUCCACGUACCAAGUGAAUCUUGCUCUCUUCAGCGUUUUUAGCAGCCCACUAUAAAAGCACUGCUGGACAUGGUGCUGCUUAGAUCUUUUAAGCCAAAUCACAGGAUGGGUGACGAUCUGAAGAGGCACUGAGCCCGCUCCGGGACACCUGAAUACCACAGCCGAUGAGAAUCAUUUCAUUUCAUUUAAGGACAUUUUUUCUCUGUGUUUUUAGAAGAGCAGUAAGAAGGCAUUUUAUAAAAGCUACAUGUUUCUGUCUUGUCUUAAAACAUUUAGCCAAACUCAAUCACUGUGUUCUAGAUGGAUGCAUCUAUAAGCUGAAGAAGACCCUAUGGAAUACAGCGAGCCGCAAAACCUCAUGAUGAAGGUUGAAGGAACAAUCCACUAAAUAGAAUGUUUUUUUACCUGUUAAUAAAAUGUUCUACCUCUC